CCUCACACGUCAAGUUAACGUCAAAAAAUAGUGAUAAAUACAGAAAAAAGUGAAAUCACCACACCCAUAAAUUCCUAAAUAUUACAAUAAUACUCGUUUUAGUGAUACAUUACUGGUGCCUAAUAAGACGAAACCAUGGGUGAUCAUCUGCCUGCAUGUGUCAUUGAUGUCGGCACGGGCUACACCAAGUUGGGCUUCGCCGGCAACAAGGAGCCCCAAUUUAUCAUUCCAUCGGCUAUUGCGAUAAAGGAGACUGCUAAAGUCGGUGACCAGAGCACCCGACGUAUGACUAAAGCUGUGGAAGAUUUAGAUUUCUUUAUAGGAGAUGAAGCUUUCGAUGCGACCGGAUAUUCGGUGAAAUAUCCUGUGCGUCAUGGCCUCGUUGAAGACUGGGAUUUAAUGGAGCGAUACAUUGAACAAUGCAUUUUCAAAUAUCUAAGAGCGGAGCCAGAAGAUCAUCAUUUCUUGCUCACAGAGCCCCCUCUGAACACGCCAGAGAACCGAGAGUACUUGGCUGAAAUUAUGUUUGAGUCAUUCAAUGUGCCAGGUCUUUACAUCGCCGUUCAAGCGGUGCUCGCAUUGGCCGCAUCAUGGAAGUCUCGCACGUCUGCUGAACGCACAUUUACUGGCAUUGUGGUUGACAGUGGUGAUGGUGUGACUCAUAUUGUGCCUGUUGCUGAAGGUUAUGUUAUUGGCUCUUGUAUCAAACAUAUCCCAAUUGCUGGAAGAAACAUUACCUCUUUUAUCCAAUCACUGCUUCGUGAGAGAGAGGUAGGUAUCCCACCUGAGCAGAGUUUAGAAACUGCCAAGGCAAUCAAAGAGCGAUACAGUUACAUUUGUCCUGAUAUUGCAAAGGAGUUUGCUAAAUAUGAUUCAGAUCCUGCCAAAUGGAUGAAAAAAUACACUGGCAUCAAUGCUAUAACGAAGAACCCAUUUACAGUGGAUGUUGGUUACGAGAGAUUCUUGGGGCCAGAGAUAUUCUUCCAUCCUGAGUUUUCCAAUGCUGAUUUCACUGUGCCUCUGAAUGAGAUGGUAGAUGAAGUGAUCCAGUCUUGCCCCAUUGAUGUGAGAAGAGGUUUGUAUGGCAAUAUUGUGUUGUCUGGAGGCUCAACCAUGUUCCGUGACUUUGGGAGGAGACUGCAGCGGGACAUUAAACGCACUGUAGAUGCCAGACUGAAGCUCUCUACCAUGUUGUCGGAGGGCCGUAUUACACCGAAACCAAUUGAUGUGCAAGUCAUAUCCCACAACAUGCAGCGGUAUGCCGUCUGGUUUGGAGGCAGCAUGCUGGGCUCCACUCCAGAGUUCUACCAAGUGUGCCACACUAAGCAAGCGUACAUGGAAUAUGGUCCAAGCAUUUGCAGACACAACCCUGUUUUUGGUACCAUGACAUAAUCAACUGCCAGUAUUUACUUACCUAGUUGUAUUGCAAUAAUGAACAUCAUGAUUAAUACUAAUUAAGUGUAAUUAUGAAUUUAUAAUUUUAUUAAAAUGUUAAGGAUACUUCCAACUUGAAGUAUAUUUAAUUAAGGAUACUAUGAAUUAACAAUAAAUGAAGACUUCUGUAAUUGGCAAAAUAAUUUUACCCAUUGUGUUUUUUAAUUCUACAUUAGGCAUACCAGUAAAAGAGAUUGUAAUGGUUAUAGUCUAUCAUAGUUGUAAUUUUGUACUAUAGAUUGUUAGCUGGACACCAUGUAAAGUUUGUGCAUUUAAAUCGUUGCAUUCCAGCUUCUUACCAAAUAUAGACUUGAAAAAUAAAA